UGUGUCAUCUGGCAGCUGUGUAUAUCACAGGGAACACAGCGACCACUCGGCUGCUGAGCAAAGCUGCUUCACUGGAGAGUCAGAGACACUUGCAGUGGGGAAAGCAAUGGAAAAGGCAGCCCUUGCUUUUUUGAUUCUGACAAGCUCUGAAAACUCUUGGGAGACAGAAACCUGAUGGGUGAAGGACUGUGCGGAGAACCAGUAAAGCAGAUUUCCAAGGAUAAGUGGCAGAUAGAAGAACAGUGCUCAAAAAGAAAUAUUCAGUAGGAUUUCUUCAUUGGUGCAGAGAGAAAGUGUUUGGGGAUCUCUGAUAUUUCAGCCUCUGAAUCAGCUUCCGUGUGGGGUACAUGUGGGAUUAAAAAAGGACAGCAGAAGGAGAGCUCCUGGGGCAAAUCUAACGUGUCCUCAGCACAGGGAGAAGGACCCAAUUAUCAGCUCUUUUCUCUGGUUUGCAACCAUGGGGCAGAUUUUCAAAAGGCAAGUGUUCCCUCCUGCAACCACCGGCUUCAGCAGCUGAGCUGGCAGAAGGUGCAGAGGAGUGUGACGAGUGCUGGGGCCCUGCUGCCCCAGCCAUGAGCCGGCACACCUGGUUCCCCCUGCAGUAUAUCCCCAAGCCCUUCUGGAGGGUGGAGAACAACAGCACAACCAACUUCUUCUCUGCACUGUAUGGCUUCCCUAACCAGUCCUUCUUGCACAAUGACUUGGACCUGGAGGACCUGGGGGACUUUGACAGCGGGGCCAAGUAUGAGGGCGAGUCCCAGAGCCGGAUGGUGAAGGCACUGCUGAUCAUCGCCUACUCUGUGAUCAUCUGCAUCUCGCUCUUCGGCAACAUCCUGGUGUGCCACGUGGUGAUCAAGAGCAAGAGGAUGCACUCUGCCACCAGCCUCUUCAUCGUCAACCUGGCUGUUGCCGAUGUGAUGAUCACCGUUCUGAACACCCCCUUCACACUGGUGCGGUUUGUGAGCAGCACCUGGGUUUUUGGAAAGCUGAUGUGUCACAUCAGCAGGUUUGUUCAGUACUGCUCUGUCCAUGUCUCUGUGCUGACCCUUGCUGCCAUUGCUCUGGACCGGCACCAGGUGAUCAUGCACCCUCUCAAGCCACGCAUGUCCAUGGUGAAAGGAGCGAUUUGCAUCAUCAUCAUCUGGGUUAUGGCCAGCUGCUUCUCGCUGCCUCACGCCAUUUAUCAGACCCUGACAAGGUUUUAUAUUGGAAACAGAACCAUCCGAAUGGUCUGCCUCCCCAGCUUCCCUCCUCCUGCUGACCUUUUCUGGAAGUAUUUGGACUUGACUACGUUUGUUCUCUUGUAUGUCCUGCCCUUGCUUGUGAUCUCCAUCACAUACACCAUGGUGGCCAAGAAGCUCUGGCUGAGGAAUGCCAUAGGGGACCUCACCAUGGAGCAAUACUAUGCUCAUCAACGCAAGAAGAAGAUGACGCUGAAGAUGCUGAUGGUGGUGGUGGUUGUGUUCGCUGUGUGCUGGUUCCCCCUGAACUGCUACGUGGUGCUGAUCUCCUGCAGGGCCAUCCACAGCAGCAACACUCUCUACUUUGCUUUUCACUGGUUUGCCAUGAGCAGCACCUGUUACAACCCCUUCAUCUACUGCUGGCUGAACGAGACCUUCCGCACGGAGCUCAGGGCGCUGCUGUGCGUGUGCCAGCGCAGGGCCACAGCCCAGGGCCACGCUCUGCAGUCCAUCUCCCCCCACUGCCAGCAUGCCUGGGCUGAGAACUGCCGCUACAAAAGAGGCAGUGCCUGUCAGAAGGCACAGACACCCUCUCAGAGGAACUCUGCAAAGACAGACAUAUCCAGCGUGCAGCCAACUGUGGCAGAAAGCUGAACCCCUCACCUGACAGCUGGGCAGCAACAUGUUGUGACUGCAGAAUCGCGGGGGAAAUGGGGCUGGAAGGUUCUGUGGAGACCAUCUAGUCAACCUUCCUCUCAAGGCACAGGAACUUCAACCUUUGACUGGGUCCUUCAGGACCUCAUCCUGUCAGGCAUCAAAAUUCUCCAGGGAUGAACUGCACACGUGAGCUCCAGAAUGAGGGGUGUUGAAUACAUUUUUUUUUUGAACAGUCAGAAAAAAAUAAGAGAAUUUUUAACAGCACACAAAGCCCUUCGUGAUCUAAGCAAACAUGGGGAAGCCACACUGGUUAUAUACACACCACUUGUGCCCACUGUGGUUUGGCUGUUUGGGCUUUAACUUCAUAAAUUGACAUUUCUUAACAUAAAAUCUAAUUUUUUUCACUUUCAAUAACACUUUAUUUUUUAUCAGUCCUCAGGAACUGCAUCCUUAGUGGCUUCCCUGCCAGCCUGGCAGCCCUUCCCUGUUGGGUCAGUCUGUCUGUCCCUCCUGGAGUUAUCCCAUGGGCAGCAACGGCAACCCCUCGGCAGCUGUGGAACCUCGGACCCGUCUUCGUCUGAGAUGGAACCAGCCUUGUGCUGGAACAGAGCUGCAGGUUUUCAACCCAAAAGGCAGGAAACAGGAGACAUUGGCACUGGCUAAGAGAGCUCCUUUAUAAACCUUCACGUACUCCCCACUCAGUCAAACUGAGCGUCUCUGGUAGUGC